GCGCGCUGACACCCACCAACGGUACCCUAACAGACCGUCCGCUGGUGGAUUCCUCCCUCCCAACGCCCUCGCAGCCAUGAGCCUGCCAUCAUCAAGAGAAAUUGAGCUCGAAACAUUUGUGAGACAACGAGACGCGCAGGUCGCUGAACUCACGGACGAGGUAGCACGUCUACGUCGGUAUUUGUCUGUUCAACCUGAUCCGCCAACAGCGAACCCAGUCACGCUCCCGCCUGCCCUGGUAUCUGUCUUACUACCGCACAUCAACAGGGCCGCUUCUAGCAGUGGGAAUGCACCGUCGAGUUCGGGUACGGUGAACACGGCGCUUACACAGCGAGUACGUCUUCUUCAGGAAGAGAACGAUGAGCUUUACGAGCUUCUAAAACACGGAGAGACGGGUAAGCUGAAGGAGGAAGUUCGUGGUCUUCGGCGGGUAGUCGAUAGGCUUGAAGGAGCUUUGCGAGAAUCGCAUCAAGUCAUCGUUUCGCUUUCCUCUGAGCUAGAUAAAUCCUAUGAAAGCUUCCAAACCUCAAUUCGCCAGAACAAUGCCAAUAUAUCUAAUUCCUAUGCCCCAGCCUCUCGUAAAUCAUACCAAGGAUCAACACGUGCACCGUCAAUAGGCAAUGGUGCACAGAGGCUACCUCCCACAGGACCCAGAGCACACAAGAAGCCACGACUAUCAGAGCCUCAAAUCUCGCCUGCACGUUCCAACGUGUCGCUCCCCACAUCGAAACCUCACGUCCCACACUCGUCACGACAAAGCGUCUCGAGAGAGCCUGAACGUUCUCGCUCUCCACGAGUAAUGUCUUCAGAAGGACGUGCAAAAUCCAGCCACAAUGUAAAGAUGGAGAUCGAUGAAGAUGCGCGUACGAGGCCACGUUCUCCUGUCGAUAGGGAGCGUGAGCGUGAGCGCGAACGUGAUAAAGACCACGCAAGGGAGCGCGAUAGAGAACGAGACAGAGACAGAGACAGAGAUCGCGAUCGCUUUUCACGACGUAACGCAGGUGGCGGAGGUGGUCGCAGAGGACGAGGCUUCAAUGGUCAUUCAUAUGGGAACGGUGAUCGGACGUUAGCGGAGAGAAUGGGACUUUGAGUAUUGAAGUUAUCUGUGAUCAUUACAUGUGGUUUUCAACAAAAAGACAAAAUUUCCAGGUUAUUUUUAAUGUACCCGCUUGUAUUCUUACGUCUAUGAUCGUUGUCGUAUUGCUAUGAACCCAAUCCGUAUUCAUAAUUAUUGUGUAUCUCCAAGUCUGCACUGUGCUUGUCACGUAUCAGGUUGAUGUUUUUACCGCUGUAGCUCUAGGUAUGGCUAUUCAUCAUUCACGAACUUUGACGGCUU